UCUGAAGGGAACAUUAUGAGUGGCAAGUGGCUGCCGACUUUAUUGCAGCUGCUGUGCUUCGCUGUGAGCAGCUGUAGGGCGCUGAGCACCCCUCAAUACUACACAGCGGGUGUGAUUGAGUUUCGUCCGGCGUUCGGCGCCGGCACUUCCGAACAGUUGCUGGAACAGAAUCUCGCCGCAUAUCUGGAGCUGAUUGCGUCGGCAAAUGGCACUGCGGAUAUACUAGUUUUCCCCGAGGGCACUCUCAAUAGCCAGUUGCAGUUGACCGUCGUACCGGCGCCGUCGAAGCGCAGUCUGUGCCACGUUGUGGUUGCACCCGCCGAUGGGGUUGCCAGAUUCCUGCGACAAUUGGCCUGCGCCGCCGUCGAGGCGCACAGUUAUCUGCUACUCAAUGUGAACGAACGGGAGCGCUGCGAUCCGCUGACGGACAAAGAUUGCCCCGCCCGUGGCUACAACGUGUACAACACGAAUGUGGUGCUAGAUCGCAGUGGUGCGGUUGUGUCGCGAUAUCGCAAAUGGAAUUUGUAUCUGGAGCCGCAUCUAAACCGCACCAGGCAGCCAGAGUAUGCUGUCUUCGAGACGGACUUCAAUGUGACCUUCGGGCAUUUCAUUUGCUUCGACAUGUUGUUCUACACGCCCGCUCAGGAGCUGGUCGAGCGCUAUAAUCUCCGCAAUCUGAUUGUUAGCAAAAUGUUCAAGUCGGAGCUGCCUUUCCUAACCGCCAGCCAACUGCAGCAGGGCUGGGCCUGGGCAAACGGUGUGAAUCUGUUGGCGGCCGGUGCGAGUCUGCCCCAUGGUGGCAUCAGUGGCAGCGGCAUUUAUGCUGGAGAACAUGGCGCCCUGAAGCGCCUUAUGGUUGGCAGCAAUGCAACUGUUGGCGAGCGACAAUUGUUGCUGGCACGCGUGCCCCACUCGCCGCUGGUGGAGAGCAGCGACGUCCAGUUGGAUGAGGAGCGCGUGGGUCCCGCACAGCGGUCUUUGGCGAUGUUGCAACAGCCGUUGCUGGACAAGUUUAAUAGUUGGCGAGUGCCGUCGUCGCUCGCCGGCAGCCUGCAACAGAAGCAUAUUUGCCAAGCUGAUCUUUGUUGCCACUUUGAGUGGCAGCUGGCGACCUCGCCGCGAACUGAACGGCUGCCGGAGUACGUUUAUCGGCUGGGCGUGUUUGUGGGGCAGCGUCGCUACGAGGAGGCACAGUAUAGUGUGGUUCGAUUGUGCGGUCUCUUUGCCUGCCGCAAUGACAGCAUCAGCAGCUGCGGUCAGCUGACCGAGACCCCAACAGCCGCUGUGCAGUUCAACAUAUUGCGAAUUAAUGGCAACUUUGUGCAUCGCCCGCGUCGCCUUCUAAUGCCCAGCACUCUAAGUGCCUCACUCUAUGCCCUGCAGUCCAGCGAAAUCGAGUGGCAACAGCAUGUUGACUCCGACAACAAGUCACAUGUGCAGCUGCAGCUGAGAAAGCCCCAUGCCCAACUGCUCACCUUUGCUAUUUAUGGCAACUACUUUGAUGAGACACUGCAGCCGGGUGGUGGUGGUGAUGGUGAUGGUGAUGGUGAUGGAGGUGCUGCUGCAACAGCAGUUAAAGGUGUGAGUGUGUUGCAGGUGCUGCUGCUGCUGCUGGUGUUGCUGCUGACAAAUGUCUUAUCAGGGGGCUAACCGCUGAGCAAACACUUUGCUGAUUAGCUUGAGUCCGUUUACCGUUAAACGGUUAACGGUUAACGGCGACAAACGUGGCGACUCGGAAUGUGUGGAAUGGUACAUCACAUGGAAA